AAGAUUGAUUUGAAAUCAGCAAUGGCUUCUGCAAAAAGGCAGGAUAAAAAAGCUGCUAAAACUCUAACAGCUAUCAUGGCAGGCUUUAUAAUCACUUGUGGUCCGUACAACGUUCUCAGCUCAGUUAACUGUUUUUGGAACAAUUGGAUUUUGGAAAAUUUCCAAGAACUCUACGACUGUUAUUUCCUUUGUUACGUUUGCAGUACUAUCAAUCCAAUUUGCUACGCACUCGCCAAUGAUAACUUCAGAGAAACGUUUUCAUAUAUUUUA